AUGAGUUUCCAAAGCUUCAGUUACGAGCCGAUAGGCCAGUUGAAGAAGCGAUUUCAAGAAUUUUACAUGGGUACCGUGAGGUUUCCCGUGCGCUUGACGCAGCUCAUCAAGGCUGAAUCAAUAGAGGGCUUGAAGACCGAAGCACACAGGUUGAGGAACGAUCUUCGAGCUAGUAAUACCGACGCGGACAGAAGAAGGAAUGAGGCCAGAAAUAAUCACCAACAGAUGUUGAAAGCACAGGCCAUGCUAGGCGAGAGGAACGUAAAGUUCGAACAAGAAAAGCGUGACUGGGAAUCAGAGAGAAACAAGUUGAAGUACCAACACGACAACCAGAUGCGUAAUGAGACACAGAGAAUGGACAACGAAGUGGCAAGAAACAAGGCAUGGUACGAAGAACAGUCACGUACAGCUCAAUAUGAGGAGAAAAAGCGACAUGAGCAGCAGAUCAGCAGCCUUAAGCAGCAACUAACUGAGGAACACUGGAAAUGGGAUGCCCAUUUACGAGAAGUGAAAGACACCCACGAAGCUCGCAUAAGAGAUAUAGAAGCAAGAUUCACCGAGCAAAUGAAGAACGAUUACGAAAGACAUUGCGAACAAACGCGACAAGAGAUGGAGAGCCAUAGGGUGACGGUGAAUGAGUAUCAGUCGAAUAUUGCUCAACUGAAGCUUGACGCAGAGCAUGAAGAACGACGAUUGCGCGAACAACUACAAAAGGAGAAAGAGAGACUUCAAGAAGAACAAAAGCGACGUGAGAAGGAUCUCAAACGACAGGAAGACAAACUGACCCAUAAGCAUACGCACGAAACAUUGCAGCUUCGUACCGUGAACGAAGAGCUGAAACAGGGCUUAUUUCAGCGGCAGCAUUUCAGAGGCCUGAAAGACCGUGAUGUAGCCAAUUUAUUCCGCAGUAUCGCAGGUCAAGUACAAGACUUUGCGAACGUAGAUUGGGACAGUAGUCGUACCUCAGACUGGCCUUUCAGCGAACACCAGCUGCUCGAAAUCCAUCGUCAAAACACGCGAAAACUCAAGAAGCAGAUUGUCCAAAACACCGUCUGGGUCCUACUGUAUAAUUGGAUUUUCGCCAGUCCUUUCAAAAUCCUAGGGUCGGAAGGAGAAGUCCUGGACCGUGAUCUCAAGUGGCCCGAGAUACCAGAAGAAACCGAGAAAAGACGGCACGAGACGGCCAAACUGUCCUUAGCGUUUAUGGAACCAUCUGCCCGACCCUCAGGAGAUGAUCUGCGGCUCAAAAACGGCUACGAAAGAUCCAUUUCGGAGUUACUCGACACUUUACACCGUGCUCUAGGGAAGGUAGCUACACUCGAAGAUAGGCAGGCCAAGAUGCUGGAAAGUCUCGUGGGACUAUGUGCAAAAACCUGGAUAGAAUUCUGUUCGCAGCCUUACAGGUUGAUUGCGAGCUUGCCCGAUGGAAGUGGAGAUUUACUUUCACAGCCUAAGCUGAGAGAGCGCGCUCUCACCUUAGUUCUUAGCCCGGAGUUGAAGCGGUAUGGGAAUUCGAAAGGCGAGCACCUCACUAACGGAGAGAUGAUUCCGGGCUGUCAGGCCGCGAAAGUAUCUUAUUCUGUUCGGUAG